AUGGUUAAAGAGACGAGCCCAUCACAUGCAGUGGUAGUAGUAGUCAUCGUAAUCGACAGUGGUGGAGGAAUCAGAGUCAUCAGGAUGCAGAGCAAGGUCCAGAGGCAAAAAGCGAGGCGACCCAAUUCCAGGUUUAUAGAGCUUUCAGGCUUAGAUGGAUGCUAUUACGGGCGUCUCAUGAUCAGACAAUCAUGUAUAUGUAGUAUAGGUACAAACUUCUUUUUAUAUCAAUUUGGGUUCAGUCAUGAUGAAUUAUUGUUGUUUAAUCUUUGGCUUGUGUUCCGUUUGUCAAUUCAGAUAUGUUCAUGAUUUUCUUA